CUUGGGUAUAUAGGCGAUGAGCACGGCCACCGAAGUGGACGUGCCCAUAGGAGCGGCCGGCAGGCCGAUCUAGCCCCGCCCGAUGGGGAGGCCCGCCGUGGCCUUUCUCGUGCACCUCGCCGGGAUGCUCUGCCCGCCCCUGGGGUGCGACACGUUACGGGGCGCGCUGCCUGAAGGAUUGCAGAAAAACGAAGGAUUGCAGACGGGGUCGGCGGAUCGCGCCACACGGCCGAGGCAUCGGCAUUGCGGCUCGAUGCGCAGCCCGGAGUUCUCCACGCCGACGGAGGAAAAAUUGCGUAAGCCUUCAUUUUCCCAGGUCCGCGCGGAUUUCUUGGUGGAUCGGCGCUGGACUCCCCUGACGGCGCCUCCAGCGCCGCCCCUGGCGCGCUCCGCGCGCCAGGGAGGGGUGCCCAUGUCAGAUCCAGGACAGCCGCGCGGACCGUCGAGCGCUGGUGCUCGUGCAGUCCUUUCUGGUCCUGCUGGUGGCCGCCGCCAGAGCUGCUGUGCGCGCUGGAGCCCUGCGGGCCACACUUUGCGGGCGCACCUGCGAGGAGGGGGGGGCGCGCAGGGCGGCAGCGCAGUGGCUGGCAGGCCGCCCGCCAGGCAGCGUCUCGACCCCUGACCCUCGCGCCGCGAGCAAAGCCACCGGCUGGCGGUGGAGUGCCGCGACAGUGAAGGGGGCUGCGGCUCAACCCUUGGCAGUCGUGAGCACCACCGCGACGGAAGGUCCAGGGCCCUUCUGAGAAGGCCCCUGCAUUCUGACAAGCCCGCCCACUUUCUCAGAAGGCCGCCCGCCCCGCUGCGCGCGCGGUUCGGAUAAAGCGAGCGUAUUUUGAGGGAAGUGGGUCCCAGGGUUUGUCGCCGUAUUCGGACUCUGGGGGCUUUCCCCGGAUCUCGCGACCGUCAAAAAGCGGCUGGUCGUCUUCCUCAUGGGAGGCUGGUG